AUGGGCCCCUGUACCGCCUCCUCAUGCUGCUGCCAGGCCCCUAAUCUGCCAUGGGCCCCUGUACCGCCUCCUCAUGCUGCUGCCAGGCCCCUAAUCUGCCAUGGGCCCCUAUACCGCCUCCUCAUGCUGCUGCCAAGUCCAGAGUCUCUCAUGGGUCCCUGUACGGCCUCCCAUUGCUGCUGUCUCCAUCGCCACACUCUGCCAUGUGCCACUUUCAGGUCUCCUCACACUGCUGGUGUGUUCCAUUUUUUGACAUAGGGUGCUGGCAGAUUACGGGCCUCCCAUAGCUGCUGCCAGGCCCCUAAUCUGCCAUGGGCCCCUGUACCGCCUCCUCAUGCUGCUGCCUGCCAGGUCCAGAGUCUCUCAUGGGUCCCUGUACGGCCUCCCAUUGCUGCUGUCUCCAUCGCCACACUCUGCCAUGUGCCACUUUCAGAUCUCCUCACACUGCUGGUGUGUUAAAUUUUUUGUCAUAGGGUGCUG